AGAGCAAGUCCCGGAAGAGCGGUCCCCUGAGGGCGCUACAGUCGGCGCUGGUCGGCGACGACCACAACAACAACCACGUGACCCCCGACCAGCAGCACCACCAGCACCACCACCAGCGGAGCCACAAGUCGGGCAAAUCUUCGCGCCCACUCAUGUCGUCCGGGGCAGGGGGCGGGUACCACUCCAAGGACGACAUCUCUAUGACCCAGGGUCAGCAGCGGGAGAGGGUCAAGGCCAACCCGUACGCGACCAUCAAGAUGUGGCGACCCGUCGCCAUGGCGACCAGCAGCAGCUUGGACGAGGACCCGGAUGCGGAAGUCUACCAGUCCUUCUCCAACUUCGACGCUCUCCGCCUCACGCCCGGCGCCAACGUCGGCAGAGGUUCCGAUUGGGGUCGUCUGCCCGCCACCGGUCACGUGACGGAGGUGACUGCGCGGUCACAUGACCCAGCCAGGGUCAACGGCAGCUCCGUCUACGCCCCGCCCAACCAAGGCCGCGCUCAUCAGAGCAGGCAGCUCAUCGAUAGCCCUUUUACUGUGGGACGACAGGCCAGCUCAAAACAGCAUCAGCAGCAACAGAGGCCUGUGAGUGUGAGUGCUCAGAACGGUACUUUCGAGUUACCGAUAGACUAUCCCUCCGACUCUCCCCCUCCCCCUUCUGGGCCGAGGAAGGUUAGUUUCAAGGACGUCCCAGAGACGGUGGUAGCCAAUGGAAAGUCAGGACGAGGGUCCUCCUCUGCUUCUUCUUCUUCCUCUUCGCGACCCCCCACCCGACCUCCCCCUCCUCCCCCUCACAAAUCUCAGCACAACCACCACCACUACCGCUGCCAGCACCACCCCUCGAAGCAACAACAGCAACAACAAGAGCAGCAGCAGCAAUCCUCCACCUCCACCACCACCACCACCUCUCCCAUCAACCUCACACCCAAUUAGCUCAUCCUCCUCCGCCCCUUCCCCCUCCCCCUCCCCCUCCUCCUCCUCCCAACAUGACACCAGUUUUCAAGUUGUGAGCGACGGGGCCACGAACUCAAUCCGCCUGGUGCUGUCUCACUCCUACGCCAGCCCUGAACCAGCCGCGCGCGACAUCGAGCGCCUCCUAGCGGAGCUCAAGCUCACCAUGGACUCUCUCCGCACAUCGAGGAUCGACAAGAACCCGGCGCAACGACACAUGUGUCAGUCAGAACUCCGCGCGGAGACACACCAGUUCAUUCAGGAAGCCAAAGUCGUGGUGAGCUCUGCUAACAACUCACGCGAGAAGAUGCUCGCCAAGAUGGAAACAGCCGUACACACGCUCGCCAGACUCUUCCUGCACGGGCAAGCCACCAUGCUUAUGUUGGACUCGAACCACCAGGCCCAGCACUUGGGCAUGCAGCUGGUCAAAGCCUCCAACGCCUUCAAGACGACAGUCGGAGCAGCCAACGCCGCUGCGGGGAAACCCCUCAACGACCCCCACAUGAAGUACCUCAUGAGACAAGCCACCAAUCUGGCCUCACUUCUCGCCGCGCUGCUCAACACAAUCCGGGAAAUACAGGGACAGUGAGCAAGAAAGACAAACGUUUCAAUCUAAAUAGCUUGAAUAAAUUUGGAGAGGAGUUACGAGAGGCACAUUAGAGUGCUUGCCUUCUUAUCCAGAAGCCCACUGUUCAAAUCUGCCAAUUUUUCAAGGGACGCAAAGAAGAAACUUGCAAGUGUUCCAGAGAGGAGUGGAGAAUGAACAAGACUGCUUGCCUUCUGAGCCUGAGGUCCAGUGUUCCAGUCUUCUACUGUUUCCAGGAGUGUAUUACAUACGAGAGGACUGUGCAGAGAUCGAAAGGUAUGCAGAGAAGCGUGCUUUCCUUCUGAUCCAGAGGCCCAGUGUUCCAAUCCUUCAAGUGACACUACAAAAAAAAAGAGUACAACUUGUGGUACCAGAGAAGUGUAAACGUUGCUGUGGAAUCUCUCCUUCUGAGCGAGAGACCAAGUGUUGUCAUGUCUGUAAGCUCACCAGGAAAGACAUGUGAAAUUACUGUGCUGAGUUGUAAAGUUGAUGCUCGAGUGCUUAACUUCAGGGCUAUAAUAAUUCCCCAAAAAGCACCAAGAAGGGAACACCAUAAUAGGCUACAACUGAGGGGUGUACGUGUUGGUGUAGAGUGCUUGCAUUUAGAGCUAGUGGCCUAGAGUUUGAGUCCCUGAUGGGGAUACAGAGAAGGACGCACAGAGGGGUGUUGGCUAGGUGUGUCUUGAACAUGUCUGUUUAUGUACUUGCAGAAUGCUUGCUUUUUGAGCGAAAGAUGUUUGGUUCCGAUACCUGUAGAGACGUUAAAGAAGGAAGCUAUAUAUAUACAAAGUUGGAGAGUUGCGAAGAUGGCUUUUUGAGUUGUUAGGAUGCCUGAGUUGGGAGCCAGAGCUGAGUGGUCCACAAAUCCAGUCCCACUGGCCUUCACAACCUUCCCUCUCUAUUUUCACACCGCAUAGAGAAAACAGUACGGUGUACAGUACAAGUUUCUUUGUUUUUGGUUUUCUGUUUGGAGUUGGGUUUUGUUUUUGGUUGUGUUGUUGGUUGUUGUUUGUUUGUUUGUUUUUUUGGGGGAGAAGGUUGCUUUUUUUAGUGGGUGGGUUAGAGGAAGACUGCAGAAUCUGUACUUGUGAGAACUGCUCAGAGAGACGAUGCUGUGGGUGGUGGGUGGCUGUCCUGAGAGGUAAAGAUCCUCUCUAUGGGGGAAUCUGAGAAAAGAGCAGUGGACAAAGAAAUUGACAAAAAAGA